UGUGCGAAUUUUAUUAGACAGUCUUCCAGCAACAUUUGCCAAGUCAAGAUCAAGUUUUUUUUAGUGAGCGCCUGUCCGUUCGGUUAGCAAAGUGUUUCCAUUUAUUUUCCCGCCUCAUAAGACGUUCUCCCAAUUCGGUCAAGAACGUCGACGUGUUCGGAAUCAAUUUGUUUAUCACGAAAAUAAUUUUGAAAAACUGUUGCUCUUUGAAUUAAUCAUUUUACGAAAAGUUGAUAACGCGUUCGUUAUUGCCCUGUCAAAUACUUGAGUACGACGAUAUCGUAUUUUUUCGUGGUUAUCAUAUUAGCAAGGCACUUCGAUAAGUUCGUGACUGAUAACAGAAGAAAAGUAAUUGGCUCAUUUAGUACGCGAGUGAAGAGUUUCAUUGGUGAAACAUAUGUACAUACAUACACACAUACAUACGUGUAUAUAGAUAUAUAGAGGAAUUUUAUUCUAUACUAAGCUGAGGAAUAUUAUUAAAAUUUCCGAAGAGUGCAAAAAGUAAAUUAUCUCCGACAAAAAUAUUACAAACAACUACAAUAACAACAACUGCAAAAAUGUACGUGCGCCGGCUGUUGGAGUUGCCCCUUUUCGUUUUGGCAUUUGCAGCCGUCCUAGACAAUGCUACAACGAGCCCUAUUGAUGAACUGACGAGCCGUUCGGAGUUAAGAGAUUUAAAUAAAAUUCCAUUAAAAAGGAGAAUAGAUGAGCGAACUGAGUCCUCCAGUUUCACACACUACGAUGAAGACUCACUGCGUUUAGUUGUGGAUCUGAACGAUGACCAGAAACUCAAAUACGACGUAGAGAUUCUAGAACCGCGAGAUGUUAAAAAAGAAACAGCAGAGUUGGAAGAGAGAUUUAGAGGUCCAUCUAUCAAACUGGACACCGAUAACUUCGUCGCCGAGGAUAUUGAAGUGAAUAGUGGCAAAGUGGCUGGUGUAAAUGCCGCAGUACGCAAUGAAAAAGCGAAUGUAGACGAAGCUACUGCAGUGAACCAUAAGAAUGAUCAUGACGAUGAUCAUGAUGAUGAUGAUGAGGAAGAGGAGAAGGAGGCAGAUGGCGAUAAGCACAAUCACAUAAUACUCACAUUGGUGCUGGUCUUUGUGGCGCUACUUUCGAUUACAAUAUAUAUUGCGUUGGUGCUCUGGCGUUCAUAUCUUGAGCGACGUUACGCAGAACGUGAAUUGCUUGUAAGCGACGAUGAUGACUUUUAUUUGCCCAGCAGUGAGGCAGCGGAUAGACGUUGGUGAU